AUGCCAUUUAAUCAACUGGAAAGCCUACGAUUUCUCGAAAUAAGCGAAACGUCAUGGCACGAUUUCUUCUCGAUUAUAAAAAACCAAUUAGAAACAAAACCGAAGUUGAGAUAUCUUAGCAUACAACCAAACCUAGGCGAACGCGGGAGGGGGCCUAAAUCCCAACCCAGAGAUGAAAAUAUACCAUGGCUUCAAGAACCACUUCCAAAACUUCAGACCCUUCGGCUUUCUUUCUUUGCUCUCGAUAAGAAAGUUAGGAACUCUGAACUUCUACGGGUCGGCCAGGUUAUCGAGAUCGUAGGAAGGUUGAAGCAGGUGACGGAUAGUUUACAAACAUUGAUAUUGGACGGGUUUCUUCGUAUCGAAUCACAGGGUACGCUGCUGCUGAAUUCUAAACCGCUGUCGCUCCCUCAACUCGAGUUCCUGCAGAUUCAGGAUUUGCGACUUUCUGGCGCGACAAUUUCAAGCAUCGUAAGCGUGGAAACCCUAAGGAAGGUUCGCAUCUUUUCGAGUCCACGGCCGGAGAAUUGGACGACGGAUAAUGGGAUUUUGGACCGCUUCCUACCGUUUUCAAAUCUUAGGGAAGUCCGUCUUUCGCACGCUCACAACUACUUUCGCUGCUCAACCUGCAAGGAUACACAUCGUAUUUUUCACGUCGGUAUAGCACCAGCACUAGCCGACUCCAAAAUUCUUUCUAAACAUCUCCCUCACCUCGAAGUUGUGAAAUGGUAUAGUGCAUACGCUCCUCCGCUACUAUUUCAGUAUAAUAUUACCCGAAAUAGCGACAGGAGUGCAAAUUUAAGUUUGCAGCGAAUGAAAUUUCAAAAAGCAAGCGUUGAAGAUGGAUGGGAUUGUAGUGACUAUCAUGGGAAGUAUCCGAAUAUUGAGGUUUUGCCUUGCGAGGAUGGUGAAUUCCCGCCGAGGAUUAAUUGGCAAGAUUUGGUUUGGUUUGAGCGGGAGGCGGUAUCGUAUCCGGGGCGGGAGGUCGAGGUUUCGGAAUCUAGCUGA